AUGGCUUCCGUCCCUCCGCAGAGGCCCAUCUCUCUCGCGCAGUCUCUCCAUGAGGACCACGAUAUCCUCGAUGGCCCCCUCACGUUCGAAGAGGCAAUCGCAAACACGGAGGGCAUGAAGGUAAUCUUUCUCGACAGGGCCAUGGUUGUUCACAAGCCUGUGGGUUCUGUUCAAAUUGGGGAUUUACCUGCAAAAGACGAAAUUCAAGAUUCAGUGAAGAAGCGGGUGCAGUUCUUGGAUGUCGUACUUGACUACGAAGGGGACCUCGAUCUCAAGGAAAUUGAAACCAUGUUUCUUCAGCAAAGGUACCAGGACCUCCCAGCUCCUAUCAAAAUGAAGGGAAACAACGUCUUGCCGUACAGCAUGCAACUGUUUAUCCUGAAGACCGGCGACAGGAAGUGGAACAUCGUCAAGCAUGUGCGGUUUGCCGAAGGCACCAAGGUCAUAUCGUCUGCUAUCAUGUCCAUGUGCACGGGAAGACCUCUGGAAAUUGACUACCAAAAAAACUUUCGUGAGGGUAGCCGAGCUCUUCAGUACAUGCUGGAGGGUCUGGGCGGAUUCCAAGUUCGCUAUUGCAAGCUGGUUCCCAUGAAUGCAAGCAACAAGCCAUCAAGGGAAACAGAUGACAUCAGAGCAGGCUUUCAAUUCAUCAAGGCCAACGGCCCCACAGAGAACGACGACGGCCAGUUCACUUCCUGGACGGAGGAGCAAGUGAACGAUCCAAACAGCCCCUUGCACAAGUGGGACAGAGGAGUCAUCAAGGAAUUCUUGAGGUGUCAGGCGGACAAAGGGGCACAGGCUGGGACCAUCAGGGACUGGCCACUCACACUCGUCGACUUCACACCUUGGGCAAUCAACACCGUGUUUGCCCCCAUCUUGCCCUAUCUCACGGGCCAUUCGGUGAUCUGGAUCGGCAAGUCUGAAGUUGGGAAAAGUCCGGCGUCUUACACUCUGUCGCACCUCAUGUCUGCAUUCUGGCUUCUUCAGGAAGAUCGUACACAAGAAGUUCCAGGCUUCCAGACAGCCAGUCACCUCGACUACUUUCGGAAGGAACGCGGUCGUCGCACCAAACCCCGUGUUUACGAUGACGGCAACCUUUAUCGUGAACAAGCCGCAUCUGUGAAGGCUGUCACGGAAGUGUCAGGCCUGGACAGAAAGACCAUGGCCCGAUGGAAUGCAUCGUCGUAUGAAAAAGGUCAGCUUUGCCAACUGUGCUCAAACCCCUAUGACAGGACAGUUGAGAAACCCAUGUCCCCUGGACGAGAAUCCGACUCAGUGACGUUCGAAAACUUCUACAAACUCAUCCGUCCGUCCUUUCACCGUGAGUUUGACGAGGAAGACUUGCUCGCCGUCUUGAAGAGAUCAUGCGUUGUCGUCUUCACUGACGUGGGCAUAUAUGUCCGUACACCAGGGACAACCCGAGACGCCAUCCCACGAACAGCUUGGCCUAGCGAAGACUUCGGCCUAGUCUCUCCAUGCUCCCGGUCCACAUUUACAGCCUACAAACGCGGCUUUGCUCUUCCACCCAGACCUACUCAUCAGGAGAACUUGCAGUGGUCCCUGAAUCUCCUACAGGCAGCACUUGACGGUGAGGACGUUCCUCGCUGCUGCACUGUCUUGGGUCGAAAACUAAAUGGAGCGAAGUAUGUCGAGGAGGUGCGCCCAACACUCGCAGGCAUCUCCGCCUCCACAACCUAUUUCCCUGAGCAAGAGAAUGAGCAAGUCCAGGCAGAGCCGCCAACCAAGCGUUUCAGGUCUGUCAAGUCUUCAAGUGCUCUCCUACAGAAUGCGGCUGCGACACGUGAAGAAUUAAAAGAGAACACCGAGACGGAAGGUACGAAGGAGGAGGCUGCAGUUCCACCCACCCCAGUUGCGGUCAAGAAGGAGUGUGUCGAUGUCGAAGCAAAGUUCAAGAGUUUCAAACAAGCGCUCGGCAAACGCGUUCUCCGCAUCGACAUCUCCGACCCUACCCCGCCGCCAUCUCCAACAGCUGCAAAGGCAUCGUCUGUUGGAUCAUCUGCAAACUCGUCAGUGCCAAGAUCCGCGAAAUUAUCCCCUUCUCACAAGAAGACACCGCCUCCAUCUCCAAAGGCGCCUUCUCUCGCAGCAUCUGCCAACUCGCCAAGGCCCAAAUCAACAUCUGCGAUCCCUUCGCCCAAGAUGCCAUCGUCGUGCUCAUCUCCAAAGGCAAACUCGCCAAGGGCAGAGUCUGGUGACGCUAUGGAUGUGGCUUCAGACAUCCCGGAUCCCAUGGAUGACUUGUCCCAGGAGCUUGCCGGUUUCAUGGAUGAUGCCGAGUGA